AUGAUCAUGGCGAACAACCUGCUAGACGCGCCGCCACAGUCCCGCGAUCGCCUACUGGAUGGAAGCACCCAGCAGCUUCAAGAAGCUCUUCGUUGCAACAUCGCUGAUGUCCGCAAGCGGAAUGAAGCCCUCUCAUUUCGAAACUCGCCUGCUAAAGUUCUGUUCCAUCGCAAAAGCUUCGCCAACCCAGUUUCCGUACAGUUUCUGAACUCGCUUUCGCGCGAAUCGCAAUUGUCGACCGUCUCCUAUUUCGACCAUGAUGGCACUGGAAGUUCUUUUGCAGAGAAGUUGGAUAUGCUUCUGACGUGGAGUGUCACUCCUCUGCAAUAUGGCGAUCACAGGCCGCUAGCCGUCGUCACGCUCCUCCAGCAUUGGUGUAAUCGCGCUUCUGAACGAGCAACACGUCGUGGAUCGCAGCAUCCACAUGCUAUACUCCAGGACCAUCUUUUUACAUGGCUCGAUACCUCUGAGGUUGCGGGAGAAGUUGGGAACAUUCAAACAGUCGCGCUGCUCUAUGGGAAGCUUGUUAAGCUUGAAUUGUUCUCCUAUCCAAAUUAUAUCCAGCGGCUUAUCGCAAGAGGGGAACCUGGUUUGUCAUAUAGCGAGCCAAAUCCUUCUCGACAUAGACACUUUCUCAGUUGGAUACCCUUGUUCAACUCCACCCCAUCUUUGAUCUACCAACGUAAAGUAACCCUUUAUGGUGUUCGUGCAAGAGAAACACCAGAGGAUCGCAUUGAGAAGGAGAUACGGAGGGAAAUUCGCUCGAUCUUGCCAGAGUUGUUUGGUAAUUCCACGCCUAAGCAAUGGGCAUCCACAGCUGCUCUCCUCAAUGAUUGCAGUUCUCUCAUGGCAGCUUCGCGAUACGAACAAGCUUUACAUCCGGUGACGCAACACCCUGACCAAGUGCCUCCAGUGCUUCCCGAAGUUUAUGCCCUCGCUCGUGAUCCCAACCCUGAAGCUCCUUCAACAUUGGCCAACAGUUUAUGGAUUAAAUAUCGGACGUCUCAAGACUGGGCUGCCAAGGUUUGGGAAAAUACUCUGAGCGCGUUAUCGAAUGUGGUUGCCUCGAACCCGACUGGUCAAGAUCUGGAAGCUAUUGGCCUGCGCUAUGCCAGCUUCUUGAUGAAGGUGGACCAACACCUCCCAACCGGAUUGGAUGGGUACAUCUGCCGCUGGCUCGAAACGGCCGGUAGGAAUGAGAUGCCCUUCCUGCAGCCGCAAGCUUGGGCUUUGCUUGAGUCUUUGUUACUAUUCCUCAUCAUACAGGGUGCCUUGAAGACCACGACGGUUCUCGCUGGUUUGGUUUACCCGGCAUGGCAACUUGUUGCUUCCUCGACCAUCAACGUCGACUCCCCUCUUAUCGCAUAUCUAACCUCAGCGCGCGUCCUCUUCCAAAAGCUUCUUCUGCAAGAUACAGCUUCAAGAGACGGUACCUUCCCUCGGGACAUUUUCGACAUCCAGAAACUUCGAACGAGGCGGCGAACAGUCUAUUACGAACCUCAUUUCUCGAAGUUGGUGGAGAUGAUCCCUCUUUUGAUUUACAUCGAAAGUAUGGAGCAACUACCUCAAGAACUUCGUGCCGAACUUUCAACGCUGCGUCGACAUCUGUGCCAGGACCGCAGGUUCCGCCAAGGGGCAUAUCGAAACCUCGAUGUCAUUCGGGAGGCGUUCGAAACAUCUCCUUACCUGAUGGACACCAGCGUGGAAUCUCUCCGGAAGGAAGCGGUGGCAGGCUUGAGGAUGAUUCUAUGGGACUCUACAGAGGAUGGCGAUAUCGACGACUGGCCCGAAGUGUCAUCUCUACUGAGCCCGUGGAAAUUGGUUGCUACCACGAUCCAGAUGCAGUUCCAAGUCAAGCAACUGGGUCGCGCUUUGGGCCAAGAGAACACCCACGCAUUCGCCAGCAGCAACUUGGACAAGUUGACCCUGAUGCUCUUCCAGCAUACAAAGACUGCUGAGGAAGCCUAUUACGUCGGAGAGAUGGCCAAAGGAGCAGACCCGACCGUUGCCACGAAGUUUAUCAAAGCAGGGCUGAAGUUCAUGAAGGACAUGCUCUCUGAUUCUCAAGGGGACGAAAACUGUUUUGCUACCUCCCUCAUGCGACUGGGAGAGUUACUACGCAUCCUCAUCCAUGUCACCGCGCCUUUCCGUGACCAGUCAGUGAAUCUCCUCGCUCUGGAUCCUGCGCUACAAGAAGAAUUCCUCCGGCUUCUUCACUCGAAGAUCACAUAUCUCGAGCGUUCGCUGACGAGUGAAGAGAGGUCAGCCCAAGACCACAACCACAAGUCCAACUUAAUCCUCCUCAUCCGGCUGCUUCAAUUUGUCCUGAACUUCCGGGAUAUCAGCUGGACCCUUGCUAUGAAGGAGGUUGGGCAAUCUCUUGCCACUGCCUUAUUCCGACUAGCGAUGCACUUUGGAAGUGGUUCGCACAUCGACGAAACGAUAUUCCCAAUCUUGACUGAUACCCUGAUAUUUAUUUAUGAUGGUGAGGGCAUUGCGACCAGGUUGCGACCACCUCGUACUAACCAACGCCUAGAAAUGGCACCCGAUCCCAAAGCACCAGCCUAUGAUCCUUUCAAGCAUUAUCCAGAUACCCCGCCAUCAUCGCUACCGGCCGAUCUUCCUGCACAAUACCGCCAACAGAUCCUCACGUUAAUUGCUCGCAACCCCAUACCAUCCACCAUAGCCAAUCUCUCUACCGCUCAUCGCGAUUCUCAGGGUCAUUACUCAGCCGGUGGUCCAGUCAUCAACCGCCCUUGGGAAUGGGUGGAAAACUUGACUCCAGACUUGCAAGGUAUAGAAGACGAGCGCACACUCUUCCAGAAUAAAUGUACCGUCAAGAAUUCCGGCUCGCUUUCCCUGGAAACCUUUGCGGCUCGUAUGACAGGCGACAGUAUCGUCCGCAAUCUCGCCCAAGAUUCCGUCAACAUGCUGCAUGAACUUCGCAUUUUCGAAGACGGUCUUUCUGAGGAAAGCAUCUUCGCGCGCGACUUCAGGGAGACGAGGACAAGUGUCGAGACUGACUUGGACAUCGCCCUGAAACAACCCCUUGCUGGCUUGGAAACUAGUGCGGGGUCGUUACAGCCGGUUAUUGCUGGCAAGAUGGAGCCUCCGUCAAGAGCAUCGCCAGCAUCCUCGGUCGUAUCUCGUUCCUCAGCUGCUCAAGGAUCCGGUUCCUCCAAGCGGAUGCAGCACAGUCCUGGCCAAAUGUCCAGGCUAUCGACUUCGACUAUUAGCGAUGCGAUGGAUGUCGAUAGCACUGGACCGUCUGGCCUUGGGUCCCGGAGAGGGAGCACCACCAAACGUAAGGCUGACAGUGACGAUGACGAGAUUCAGAUCAUAGAGGGGCCAACGAGACCUGCCCCAGGAAAGCGAGUUCGAGCGGGUAAAGCCCCUGCUGGAAAGACUGUGGGUUCGAAGACCACUGCAGGCAAAACGAGGGCGAGCACCAGGAAGCGGUGA